GAUUGGCACUCACAACCCAAGAGGAGGAGUUAACUGCAUGUCUCCUUCUGCUGGGGUGACUGCUGGUCUCUCUCUCCUGCUCCAGUAACUGGAGGCACAAGUUCCUUCUUCGCCAGCCUCAAUUUCAUUUCUCAGAUUUUCAGAAGGUCUGGGCUGUGUUCUGCUGCUACAGCCAUGGCACCCAAAAAGAACAAGGCGACCAAAAAGAGCAAAGGAGACAUAAAUGAAAUGACCAUAAUGGUUGAGGACAGCCCUAUCAACAAGAUCAACGGGUUAAACACUCUGUUAGAAGGAGGAAAUGGCUUCAGCUGCAUUUCAACUGAGGUUACUGAUUCUGUAUAUGCCCCAAACCUCCUGGAGGGUUUGAGCAAUAUGAGACAGGAUAGCUUCCUCUGUGAUCUGACAGUCGCCACCAAGUCAAAGUCUUUUGAUGUGCACAAGGUUGUCAUGGCCUCUUGCAGCGAGCACAUCCGAAACAUCUUAAAGAAGGAUUCGUCGCUCCAGAAGAUCGAGCUGAACGACCUGUCACCCGUUGGCCUUGCCACUGCAAUCACAUACGCAUACUCUGGAAAGCUUACCCUGUCGCUGUACAGCAUCGGCAGCACUAUCGCUGCAGCCAUCCUGCUGCAGAUUGGCACCUUGGUGAAGAUGUGCAGUGAUUUCCUCAUGCAGGAGCUCAGCGUGGAGAACUGCAUGUAUGUGGCCAACAUUGCUGAUGCCUAUGACCUCAAAGAAACCAAGGAGGCAGCUCAGAAGUUCAUGCGGGAGAACUUCAUUGAGUUUUCUGAGAUGGAGCAGUUCCUGAAGCUCACCUAUGAGCAGAUCAGUGAUUUCCUCUCAGACGAUUCCCUGCAGCUUCCCUCCGAGAUCACGGCCUUCCAGAUCGCUAUGAAAUGGUUGGACUUUGACGAGAAGAGGUUGAAGUACGCGGCAGAUCUCCUAACUCACAUCCGCUUCGGCACAAUCUCUGCCCAAGACCUGGUGAAUCACGUCCAGAGCGUGCCGCGGAUGAUGCAAGACCCCGAGUGCCACCGUCUCCUUGUUGACGCCAUGAACUACCAUCUGCUGCCAUACCAACAGAACAUCCUCCAGUCACGCAGAACAAAGGUACGCGGUGGCCUCAAGGUGAUACUCACAGUCGGUGGACGCCCUGCCUUGACAGAGAAAUCUCUCAGCAAAGACGUUCUCUACAGAGAUGAAGAUAACGUGUGGAAUAAGUUGACAGAAAUGCCAGCAAAGAGCUUUAAUCAGUGUGUUGCAGUCUUGGAUGGCUUCCUCUACGUAGCAGGUGGUGAGGACCAGAAUGAUGCAAGGAACCAGGCUAAACAUGCUGUUAGCAACUUCUGCAGAUAUGACCCCCGCUUUAACACUUGGAAUCACUUGAGCAACAUGAUCCAGAGGCGCACCCACUUCAGCCUCAACACCUUCAACGGCCUCUUGUUUGCCAUCGGUGGGCGAAACGCUGAUGGCGUUCAGGCCUCGGUGGAGUGCUAUGUACCUUCCUCCAAUCAGUGGCAAAUGAAAGCACCCAUGGAGAUUCCCCGCUGUUGUCAUGCCAGCUCCCUCAUCGAUGGCAAGAUCCUUGUAUCCGGCGGUUACAUCAACAACGCCUACUCCAGGGCGGUGUGCUCGUAUGAUCCCUCCACCGACACCUGGUACGAUAAGAGCAGCCUGAGCACACCCCGAGGCUGGCACUGCGCUGCCACAGUGGGAGACAGAGCCUAUGUCAUCGGUGGCAGUCAGCUGGGAGGUCGUGGGGAGAGGGUGGAUGUCCUCGCUGUUGAAUCAUACAACCCUCACAAUGGGCAGUGGAGCUACUGCGCACCUCUUCACACGGGAGUGAGCACAGCCGGUAUUUCCAUUUUGAACAGCAAGAUCUAUCUCCUCGGAGGCUGGAACGAGGGCGAGAAGAAGUACAAGAAAUGCAUUCAGGUUUACAACCCUGACCUCAAUGAAUGGACUGAGGAUGAUGAAUUGCCAGAAGCUACAGUCGGCAUCUCAUGCUGUGUGGUCACCAUUCCCACACGGAAAACACGGGAGUCCAGAGCCAGUUCAGUGUCUUCUGCGCCAGUCAGUAUAUAAGGGUCUAGAUGACAAUAAUGAUGUAGUUUACGUGUCCAAAGGUCUCCAGCAGUUCUGUUGCAUAAAUCUUGGUUCUAAACUCUAACAGACGUCCCUUUUUUGGGGCCAAGAUGAUCAGUUUAAACGGUGAUCAUUAUUUAGAUGAGCAAAAAUGAUAAAAAUGCAAGGAUUACAAAUUUGGGAACACAUUUGUAUAAACCCCAUUAAUAACAAACACAUUGGAGCCAGUGCUAGCGUUUUAAAAGAGAAUUCAGAAGCCUUGAAAUGUAUUUUGAGUAUUUAUAGUUUACUAAUUAGUAUAAAUGGCAUCACUAAUGUCUGGUAAUGUCCAUGACAGAGACAAAAUGGACAUGUCAAUAACCAAUAUCAUUUUUAGACGGAAAUGAUGGGGCCAAUUCAGAUGGGAUAAUAAAAGUCAAAUAAAAGGUUAAAAAAAAAAGCUAAAUGAAUGCUGUUAUAGACAUUAAUCUGUAACAUAACCGUCUU